GAAAAAAAAUUAAAGAGGAAAUUUAUUCGUAUAAUUUAUAUUUAUUCGAACAAAAUAAAUAUCAAUAAAACAAAGGAAAUCUAUUCUAAAUAUUAAAAAUUAGCAAAAUAUAAAAUGAUACCAGCGGCAGAGGAGGCACAAAUCACUAAAUUACUAUCAAAGUAUAAACAUAUUAGUAGUACUAAAAAGGAAGUUGUCGAUGUUAUAACAAAUUACCGCAGUUUAUCAUACAAUUUACAAAAGUUUGUUUUUAAUGAUGGCAAUACAAGGGAUUUAUUCAAUUUGCAGGGCACCAUACCGGUUGUUUUCAAAAACAAUACAUAUUACAUUCCCAUUUGUAUUUGGCUAAUGGACACCCAUCCUAUAAAUGCACCCAUGUGUUUUGUAAAACCAACCCCAACCAUGCAGAUUAAAGUAUCAAUGUAUGUAGAUCAUAAUGGUAGAAUAUAUUUACCAUAUUUGCAUGAUUGGCAACCUAACUCAAGUGAUUUGCUAUCGUUGAUACAAGUAAUGAUGGUUACUUUUGGAGAACAUCCACCAGUAUAUUCGGUUCGUAAAGACCAAACAUCGGCCACACCAUAUCCAACGGGGUCUUUUAUGCCGCAACCUGGAGGAACAAGUAAUCAAAAUACAGCAGCAGCAUCAGGUGGUUCUUACUUCCCAUAUCCCACCGAAUUUCCACGAUACCCAACAAGUAAUAAUUUUGGUGGUUAUCCACCUUACCCUUCAUCAUCGGGCAAUGCAAUGCCAGCAACGACCUCUGGUGGUGGUGGCGGUUGUCCACAAUUCCUGAAAUUUCCACCAAUUCCUGGCUAUAACUCAGGCUAUAAUCCAACAAAUCCCAGUUCGACUGGUACCAUAACCGAGGAGCAUAUUAAAGCUUCGCUUAUCAGUGCCGUUGAAGAUAAAUUACGACGUCGUCUACAGGAAAAAGUUAACCAAUAUCAGGCUGAAAUCGAUACACUUAAUCGUACCAAACAAGAAUUGGUAGAAGGUAGUACCAAAAUAGAUUCAAUUAUUGCACGUUUGCGGAGAGAAGAGGUUGAUUUACAAAAAAAUAUUCAUAUUUUACGUGACAAGGAGCAAGAAUUGGAAAAAAGCCUAGAGUCUUUGGAUGAUUCUGAAGGUAUUGAUCCGGAUGAAGCAGUUACAACUACAGCACCUUUAUAUAGACAGCUACUUAAUGCUUACGCUGAAGAAGCCGCCACUGAAGAUGCCAUUUACUAUUUAGGCGAAGCCUUACGCAAUGGUGUCAUUGAUUUGGAAACAUUUUUAAAACACGUACGCCAGUUGUCACGUAAACAGUUUAUGUUGCGUGCCAUCAUGCAAAAAUGCAGACAAAAGGCUGGUCUAGCUGGUUAAUACAAGGCUACAACAAUGAUCAACAAGAAAAUUAAACAAAAAAAAAUUCUAUAAGGAUUUUAUGUUCAUGUCAUUGCCGUUAAUAGCGUAAAAAAUGUAUUAAAUUUUAUAAAAAGUUAAAAGAAAAGAAUCACAAA